ACUCUGGAGGUCAAUCAAAUCUGAGCGCAACAAUGGGCAAUCCUAGGGUUUUUUUCGUUUUGUUAUCAGACGGUUACUUUAAAGUUAAAAAUGUCGUCUGGGGAUGUGAUCUUGUGUUUUUCAACCAGUUGGUGGAUCCCUACAAACAAAAGGGGCUCAACUUUGGUGUAAACAGUUUAAUACAAAUAAAUAUUUCUGUGUUUGUCCUUUUCCAUGAACUGUAUCCAUCUAAGGAAGCAUCAACAAUCCCAGCGGAUCGAGACGGGAUAUUAUCGACCCAGGACUUUAUCACAGCCUUACAUAAAAUGGACCUAGAACUUUCCGUGGAGGAAGCACAUUUUAUUUUCCAGACUAACCAUCUCCCAUUGUCACUUUUCAGAUCAGUAUACCCUGGAGCAUCUACAAAAACGAAUCCACUAGUUCACUGUAAAGCUGGGACUUCGUCAUUUGUUGAUACUUGUGAAGUUGAAGUGGUUGCCGAUCCGGAUAUAUCGGUCAACGGUUUCUCCAGUCCUUCACCAACGUUUGCUACGGGGUUUCCGCCUAUUUCCCCUACGGACUCAUGGGUUGAACAAAACAACCGAGAUUCAGUUGAUGCUCAGUCUAUCUCCUUGCUGUCUCUCAAUCUAGAUUCAGAUGAAGAAAAAGCGACUUCCAGUUUACCAACAGCGUCCGGUCAUAAAGUUUCCUCAGUCGAGUCAGUUAACAGUGAGGAAGUUUCUGUUCAAGAGACAAAAGUUGAUUUACUUUCUCAUUCUACUGUAUGUUCAAGAAAUUGUUCAGGUUAUAGUGAAAAUACAAAUAUUCAUCAUCAGGUCUUAAAACCUUCAGGAAACACUUUUACUGUGCCGUUAUCAGACAAUAAUUCAUGGGUUUCAGAUGUCAUGACACAGUCGGUGAACUAUUUGCAUCGAAAAACAGAUCCUCAAUUAAGGAGUGAAAGUUCAAGCAGUUUAGAUGAUCGUCGCGGGUCGCUCGAUGAUAACAAGGAGUUAAUUAAUAUUGUACAGUGUAGUUCAAGCUCUGAUUCAGAACUUGACUAUAAGUUUGAUCAGGAAUAUUUCAUUCACUACAAUAAUCUCCAGAAUUCAAGAAGUUUGAAGUUAGUCGACACAAAUAGCGUUGUUCACACGUCUGGUAAUUGGCCACUAGAUAAUAGUAAACUUUCAAUGUUAGAACACAAAAGAAUCUACUCAGAACCCAUUGAUAAGUCUUUAAACACACAAUCACAAAUUAUCUCACCAAUUCUUUAUCAUCAAAACUCGUCCAGCUAUUCUAAUUCUAAAGACAAUGUCUACGAAAAAAGUUCGUCUUCAACAUGUUCCAAUUCAGCAGUCAGCAAGCGAUCUGAUCGUUAUAUUCGCGAUAUUGAUGUACUUGAGGUUGCUGGAGUCCCAUUUUCAUAUGAAGAUGUCGUAUAUUCGACAAAUGAAGAGUUUCGCCAUCUGAGAGCCACUCGUGGUUUAACAGAGGAACAGGUAAGUUACCUUACGUAUUAGAUUAAUUGUUGAAACUGCUAUCAAUUUACUGGUGGAAAAUAAUGUAUCAACUACGUAAAACUGAUUUUCUUCCGUCACUGACGUAAUGUUCAAUUACGUAGAUGAAAACCAUAUCAUGAGAAUCAGAGAAACUGAGAAAACAAGCAUGUAUGACUUUAUAAAGGUUAAGUUUAGUUAUAUUUAUAAGUGAUUUUGAACUCUGUCACCUAUUAUUUCCAACUUCUCUAUCCCCCAAAACCCGAACUCUAAAAUUACUUACGCCUGUUACCCCUCGUCAAGGAGCAUAGGCCGCUCACCAGCAUCCUCCAUCUAACUCCGUCCUGGACAAUCCUUCCUAGUUGCUAUUCAUCUUUCUCAUGUCUGCUUCCGGUCCCCUUCAAGAUUCCGAGUUGGCGCUUGCCUCGUGAUACAGUUUGGUGAUUUUAACUUACAGUGUCUUUUCCUAAUUUCCUCAGCCGGAACCUAGUUUAUUCUCUCCCACAGUAGGCUGUUGCUGAUGGUUUCCGGUCGACUGGCAUUGAUUAUCUUGCGUAGAAAAUUGUUUAUAAAUACCUGUACCUUUUUGAUGAUGAUUGUGGUAGUUCUCCAUGUCUCAGCUCCAUGCAGUAGAACCAUCUUAACGUUCGUAUUGAAGAUUCUGACUGAUAUUGGUUGACAGUUAUUUUGAGUUCCAUAUACUAUUCAACUGUAGAAAUGCUGUCCUUGUUUUUACGUCUGCAUCCGAUUCUCCUUGUUCAUCGAUGAUGCUGACCAGGUACGUGAAGGUUCCCACCUCUUCUAGAAUUUCUUCAUCAAGUGUGACUGAUUUGGUCUUCUCCGUGUCGUAUUUAAGGAUCUUGCUUUUUCCUAUGUGUAUGUUGAGGCCUACAGUUGCAGAGCUCUAAAAUUAGGUAGAUAAAUUUCUAGAAAAAAAUGUAUUUUGCCAUUGUUAUAAACCUUAUCUUUAGUAUUUGUUUACAGUCUAUGGGGAUAUUCUUCGGUUUGGGCACCAGGGCAGUAUCACAGCUCUCACACCUAUCAAAUGAGAUUUGUGUGGCGCAUAUGUAUUUGGUGCCUCCAUGUACCAAUAGCUAUGUGUUAAAAUAAAUAAAAAUUAAUAUUCUAUUUUAAAAAGCAAAUAGAAUUCCGGACUCUCAGAUUUAACAGGUGUACUCCUAUGAAUUCUGGAACAUAUACGUAUUUUCCUAAUCUAACGUUCACUUGUUUCUUUUCUACAUUCAGCUAACAGCUAUGUCGGAUGCACGUAGACGAGCUACUAACCGUCAAGCAGCCGAACGAUGUCGCCGUUCUAAGGUUGCUGCUCGUGAUGAAUUAGCAGAACGUCUGGCUGACCUUCGCUUACAAAGGCAGGCACUAAAUAAGCGUCUGGUUAAAGCUCGUCAACGUAAACGUGAUGCAAGAGAUAAUCUUACUGAAGAACAAAACCGUCUGUUGCAUAUGUUGCAUGACUCUAAUGGUUGCACAUUAAAACCUUCCGAUUGGCGCAUUCAUCUAACUACAGAAGAUGAAAUUGUGGUUGUAUCAGUUGGACAUUAAAUCAAUAAACUUUACUUUUGAACUCUCUAAACAGUCUUUCACCUAACUAUCGUUAUGUUUGCACACUUACUGUAAAUACAUUUUCCCCAAACUACGCAUUUUAUUAAAAUUUCACUCAAAAUCUUGCAAAUACUUGUAGAACUUAGUUCAUCUUAAAGCUCCUCAGAAUUCACUUUUGAAGUGUAUGAAAUUUCGUAAUGUUUUCGACCCACGUAAAAUUUACUUUAUACUACCUAGUUAUUGAUUUUAUUUCCGCUAUGCACAUACUCAUAUUUAAUAAGCAAUUAAAUUGUCUUCUGCCCCAACCAUAAA